UUCACUUGGACUUUAGAAAGCAAAGAGAGAGAGAGAGAGAGAGAGAGAGAGGCUAUAUAAGAAGAAACUGGGAAGAGAGAGAGAGAACCGAAUCACGUUCAAAGAAGAAAUUCAUGGGCAAGUGGCUGAUAUUGCCAUGUUUUGGAGGCAAAGUUGCUUCUUCUUCUUUGCCUUCUUGCUCAAGUACAGCAGAUGAAGGUAGAAGUAUUGUUAGGUACUCUUAUAAGACUCUGAAGAGUGCAGCUCAGGGAUUUCAUGAGCGUUACAAGAUUGGAGAGGGCGGAUUUGGUUCUGUUUAUAAGGGAAAACUUGAGAAUGGGGCGGUUGUUGCAAUUAAAGUUCUUUCAGCUAAAUCUAUGCAAGGAGAAAGGGAAUUUUUAGCUGAAAUUGAGUCGAUGACAAACGCUAGACACGAAAAUCUUUUAAGGCUUCGUGGUUAUUGUGUCCAAGGGGUCAACAGAAUACUAGUCUAUGAAUAUAUGGAGAAGAACAGUCUAGCUCAAACCUUACUAAGUAAUUUUCUGCUCUUGAUCCAGUUACCAACUUUUCCAUGUAUUUAUAAUUUUUUGUUCUAUACAUAUACAGGUGGAAGGCGUAGCAAUGAUAUUAAUUUCACUUGGGCAGCGCGAAGAAAAGUAAUAUUAGGAAUUGCGCGGGGUCUUGCAUACCUACAUGACGAGGUUAAGCCUCAUAUCAUUCAUCGGGAUAUUAAACCUAGUAAUAUACUUCUUGACUCCGACCUCAGUCCAAAAAUUUCGGAUUUUGGUCUUGCGAAGCUUUUCCCCGAUAACGUGACACAUAUUAGCACCCGUGUUGCUGGGACAGUAGGUUAUCUUGCUCCGGAGUAUGCUAGAUGUGGAAAGCUAACAAUAAAAUCGGAUGUCUAUAGUUUUGGGGUGUUGCUUCUUGAAAUUGUUAGUGGAGGAAGCUCUAAGAACUAUGCACUUGGGCUUGAAGAAUACCGUAUAGUGGAGAAGGCAUGGGAACUAUACAAAGACGAUCAACUUCUACAGCUCAUUGAUCCGUCAAUUUCAGAAAAAUCCAUCGGUAAAGAAAUCGAUCAGUUUCUGAAGGUAGCUCUACUCUGUGUGCAAGGGGUGCCUAAUCUUCGACCCUCAAUGUCCACAGUGGUAGAGAUGUUGGCUACUACUAUGGACACGAGAGACCUUCAGAUUUCACAGCCUGGAGUUAUCCAUGAUCUUCAUACGCUUAAGGUUGGUGGAACUCCAGCAGCAGCAGCAGCAGCUAAGUGUGUGUGUUCAGAAGAUUCUUCGAGAGAAUCACGAUCAUCGACCUUGUCGACGACCAAAUCAUCUUGGGAGUCAUCAAAAUGACAUGGCAAGAUAAAGAAAAAACAAUGAUCUAGCCAAUAGUUGAUUACGUGCUCAUGGAACUAUGAAGGUACUAUGUUAUAGAAUUGAGUUUAUAUCAGUUUACAUAGAAUAUAAUUUGACUUUGAAAGUUCAGAUACGGUUUAUAUACGCCAUACCCUCAUCAAAUCUGACAGUACAUAAUAAAUGACAUUUAGUACUAUGUAUGAUGAUUUGUAUAUCUGAAAUCUGUUAGUGGUUUCAUCUUUUGAUAUAAAGUAAUUAAAUUUUGUCGCGC